AUGGCUCUCCCGGUUCAAGUUAUAUUGCUAACAGCAAUUGGCGUCAGCGACGCCGCGAGAAAGAAAGCUUUACUACUGCAUUACACUGGUGAAGAAGUUUUCGAUAAAUACGAAACAUUCUCAGCUGCACAAAAAGGAUCUGACACUGAAGCAGGAUACAACAUGCUCUGCCAGUCCUUCACAACGCAUUUUGCCCCUCAGAAAAAUAUUGAUUACGAAACAUUCAAGUUCCGACAGGCGAGACAAGAAGCUGGCGAGAACAUAGAUUCUUUCUGCACCAGACUAAGAAAGCUAGCCGCCACAUGCGAUUUUCAAGACUCAGACAGAGAACUAAAAUCUCAAAUAUUACAGGGCUGUACAUCGCAACGCCUGCGCAGACGUGCUCUGCGAGAUGACCUCGAUUUACAAAACCUGCUCAAAGCAGCAAGGGCUCUCGAGAUAUCAGAUGAACAAGCACAGGAAAUUGAAGCGGAUAGAAAGCCUGCCACUGUCUAUAAUAUCAGCAAGCAGCACGCAGCAAAAGGGAAAGCUUCAAGAUUCCCAUCCGCCACACAUCGCCUGUACCCCCCAUCUCAGCCAUCACAUCGUCGCUAUCAACAAACGCAUGAGAACAGACCUUGUGGAUGGUGCGGAGGAUUACGACAUCCUCGUGAUAGAUGUCCAGCAAAGGACAAGACCUGCAAGACGUGUUCUAAACUUGGUCAUUUCUCUAAAGUUUGUAGAUCAGGUAACAAACCUUCUACACACUGUCGACACAGCACAGCACACGUGAAACAUGUCACCAGCAACCUAAAUGAAAGCAGUGACACCUCAGAGGAAGACUACGUUUUCGGUGUCAAAACCAACCAGAUGACUCCCCAAUGCGACAACCACACCUACUCAUUCUGUAACAGUCUCUGCAGUGAAUCCCCAGAGCUAUUUAAAGGUCUCGGCAAAUUAAAGGGCAUCAAGGUCACACUGCAUCAGGACCC